AUGUUGUCUCCAGCAGUCAUCCUAAUCGGCGCCGUCUGCCUUGUCCUCCUGGGUGUGCAACGCAUCAGACAACACAUCCAACGACAAAGAAACGCCAAAAAAUGGGGAUGUGAACCACCCCUAAGGGUCCAAACCGGCUUCUACGGCAUCCCAGCCUUUAUCGAGUUGACCAAGGCAGCGAAGGAACGACGCUGGGUGCAGUUUAUUGCCUCGCGAUACCAAGAGCAUGGAACCACAUUCAUCCAGACGUUCCUAGGAAAGGACGGAAUCUCGACUAUCGACCCAGAGAACCUCAAGGCGCUCUUGGCUACGCAGUUCAAUGAUUUCUCGCUCGGCACCCGCCAUCGCGAGUUCUUUCCUCUGCUUGGUGAUGGUAUCUUUACGCUUGAUGGGGCUGGGUGGUCGCACUCGCGUGCGUUGCUGCGGCCUCAGUUUACUCGCGACCAGGUCGCGGAUCUCGAUCUCAUGGACGGGCACGUCACACGCAUGAUCUCACUGAUCCCAAAGGACGGCUCAAUCUUCGACAUCCAGAAACUCUUCUUCCUCCUAACAAUCGACUCGGCAACACACUUCCUCUUCGGCGAGUCCGUCGGCGCCAUGGAAGGCGAUAACGUUCUCAGCAGUUCGUCAGUGGGUGGAUCACAGGGCUUUGCUGAGUCGUUCAACAUCGCUCAAGAAUACUUGGCGUGGAGAAGCAUGGCGCUAGAUUUCUACUGGAUGAUCAACCCCAAGGAAUUCCGCGAGGCCACACGCCGCGUCCACGAAGUUGUCGACCACUACGUCUACCGCGCCAUCGAGGCGAAGAAGAACGCUGAGAAGAACGGCAUUGAAGGCGGACGCUAUGUCUUUGCUGAAGCCCUGGCUGCGGAUAAUGAUAACCCGAAGGUCCUCCGAGACAAUAUGCUUAAUAUCCUUCUGGCCGGCCGUGAUACGACGGCUUCUCUGCUUAGCUCAACAUUCUGGUUCCUCGCUCGACACCAGGAUGUCUGGGAGAAACUCCACCGCGUCAUUAUUGAAGAGUUUGGUGAUGCUGAGCAUCCCAAGGGAGAAAUCACCCAUGCGAGAUUGAAGGAGGUUCGGUACCUACGAUAUGUCCUCAAUGAAGUCCUCCGCCUCCUGCCCCCCGUCCCCCUCAACUUCCGCGUCGCAACAAAAGACACCUCCCUCCCGAUCGGCGGCGGCCCCACGGGCAAAUCCCCGAUCUACAUCUCCAAGGGGCAACCGAUCAUGUACAGCGUGUACGCCAUGCACCGCCGCAAGGACCUCUACGGGCCCGACGCAGAAUCUUUCCGUCCCGAGCGCUGGGAGGAGAAUGCCAAGCGCGGCUGGGAAUACUUGCCGUUUAAUGGUGGGCCGAGGAUUUGUUUGGGGCAGCAGUAUGCCCUCACGGAGGCUAGUUAUACGAUGGUCAAGCUCCUGCAGCGGUUCAAGACGGUUGAGAAUGGGGAUCCGGGAAUGAAGGAGCCGGUUAUUCAGUCGAAUUUGACCCUGGCGCAUGGCGAUGGGGUGAAUAUUCGGUUGUACUAG